AUGCGGUUUAUCAAAGAGAAGACAAACAUCCCUGUACCAUCUGUUAUAGCAUGGGGACUCAGUCAUGAGAAUCCGCUUGGCCUGGGGGCGUUCAUCAUCAUGGACUUCAUUGAGGGAGAACCUUUAGACGUGAUCAUGAGGCAAGGUCCUGGCCGGGAAGAAGUUCACUUUAUCCGGCUUGACAUUAGUGACGAGGAACUGGAAACAAUAUACCGCCAGAUCGCGAAUUUCCUGUUGGACCUUUCGGCACAUGAUUUUCCGCAAAUAGGUUCGCUCUCCGGGAACGCGGAUUUCUACAGUGGCAUUAAUUCGAGGCCAUUGACGCUGAAGAUGAAUGAAAUAGAGAGUCACGGCGGCGUUCGCGUUGGAGGUGUGCUCUCCCUUACUCUAAUUAUUACAAGGCAGCCAGCUGACACUGCGGAUAUCAUAGGCCCUCUUUCCGGCACAUACUCGUCAGCUACCAGCUAUUUUCAAUAUGUGGCCAAACAAGACAUGCAGCAUUUGUGGGACCAACCGAAUUCAAUUGAUGAUAUAGUAGAUGCUCGUCGCAAAUAUCUCCAUAGUAAGAUGUUUGCGGCCCUUGUUCCCCGCUUCGUUGCCAACAAGCAUGACCAUGGCCCGUUCAAGUUAAUUUGCGACGAUUUCCGGUUUGGGAACAUGCUCGUCAACAACGCACAGGAUCUGAAGAUAGUCGCCGUGCUAGACUGGGAAUGGGCGUAUACAGCACCAUUUCAGAUGCUUUACUCACCUCCGCGGUGGCUACUGAUGAAGAAACCAUAUGAUUGGGACGAUGAGGAUGUUUCUAAGUACAAUUCCCUGCUCAAGGUAUUCACCAACGUGCUGGAGGAGGAGCAGCAAAGAAGGGCCGAAGAUUGCUCAAUGCCUAGUAUGGCAGCCUCCAUGCGCGAAUCGUUGGAGGACGGAAGAUUCUGGUUUCAUGAACUAGUAUACACCUGCUUCGAAUCUCCCGACAGCCGGGCCUGGCUUGCUCUCCGACAGCUUCUACCUUCUAUUGAUGACCUCGCGACAGUUGCCGGUUCUGAGGUUGAACUGUUCGUGAACAGCAAGAUGGAGCAGCUAAGGCAGUAUGAGAUGGAAUGGGCGGCAAUGAAAGAGGAGCUCGAUAAAAAGGAGGCGGAGUUCCAAGCGCUCAAGGCAAGUGUAGAGGAGGAUGCAGUCUAG